AUGCAUUGGCUUCUAUAUUUUACCUUGAUCAUGAUGAGAUGUGGAGAUAUUGAGGUCAAUCCUGGACCAAGCUCUGUCACCGAAGAAGAAUUUUUGAGGUUGGCCCAGCUAAUCCCACCGAGGUACUAUAAAGAUGUAGGCAUACAUUUGGGAAUCCCUGAUGCAGAACUUGAUCAUAUCAUUGUCCAACAUUCAUCGGAUUACAAAGAUGCAUUGAUGUCAGUGUUCAUACGGUGGAGAAAUGAACAGCGUCCAGAUGAAGACAUCAGGGCUCUUCUUGCAGAAGGGUUAGAAAAGAGUGACUUAGGGGGAUUGUCCAAAGAAGUUCUAGCCGGAAAUGGAAUCCAGAGAAGGCCAGGUGAACCCAUGGUAAUCCCAGGAUUAGAGACCCAAGAGCUUUCCCCUGACCUGAUCAAGAGAUGUAAAGAUGAUCUCCAAUUCAAGUACAGGACUAAUUUCUGUAUGAUAAGAGCUGAUCCACUAGAUCCUAAUUCUAUCGUUCCUUUCAAAGAAAUGUACACAAACCUUUUCCUGGAAAAGGAAAAUAAAAACGAAAAGAGUCAAAUUGAGUACAAGGAUCUCUUUAAUCUUAAAGUCAAUGGAAAGUUCCCAAAACGAAUUAUGGUCCAGGGAGAGGCAGGGGCCGGAAAAACAACAUUCUUGGCUAAGAUUGCAUGGGACUGGAUGAACGAUAGUCCAGAUCUGUCAAAGUUUGUGUGGUUACUUCUUAUCCGUCUGCGUGAAGCCAAACGAUACACGAUUGGUAGGAUAGUCAAAUCAUACCUCUCAAAGGACAACCCAGCAGCAGCCUGCCAGAUCACUGCGUACAUCCGUUCAAAUCCAGACAAGGUAUUCAUUGCCUGUGAUGGAUUGGAUGAGUUUAGUGGCAAGAUUAUACAGGACACUGAAACCAAACAAGAAUUAGAAGGUGCUCAGCCAGAAGCCAAAGUAGGAUUUGAAACAAGUCCAGCAACUGCAAAUUCUCUUGCGAGAGGUGAUAUUGUAGUUGAAGAUGUUCUCCGCUCAGAAGAAGUUCGUGAUUGCCUCGUCAUGGUGACAAGCCGUCCAUGGAAGGCCAAUAAAAUUAGAUGGAACAAUAAUUUAAGACCGCUAUACACAUUCAUUUAUGUGGAAGGCUUUAGCAGGGAAAAUGCAAAGGUUUACAUUCGCAAUUAUUUUAAAGACACUGAGGCUACAGCAGAUGAAUUCAUCCAAUUGUUUGAAAGCAACGACAUCAUAUCAGAGAAUAUGGCGCCGUAUCCUAUAUACAUAUCUAUGCUCUGUCACAUGUGGGGAGAGAUUGGUGACGCCAAGAAAGAAGAGUUGAAGUAUUUACAAACCUUUUCUGAAAUAUUCCGUGAAGUGUUUGAAUUUCUCAAGGUGCGUUAUGUCCAGAAAGAGGUCACAGAUUUAAGCAGCCCAUUAUUCAAUACACGUCGCUUUGAAGUCGAGAAACUCAUGGAACCAAUUGCUGAGGUUGCUUUUUCUGGACUACAAUCCAACAACCUUCUUUUCAAUGAAGAAGAUCUCGGACAGAUCCCGGACUCUUUGAAGACAGCAUGCAACGUAGGGGUGUUAACACAGGAGAAAAAACUGUCAUCAAUACAUGACAGGAGCAGUGCAUUCUUGCAGUCAACAACCUUCUUUCCACAUAAACUGUUCCAGGAGUACAUGGCUGCGGUCUAUCUUGCUUCUCUGUAUGAUUCGAAUCUCAUUGAGUUUAAGAGGCUGUUUGAAGAAGUAUUGCUACCUAGGAAGGAAGAGUUUAAGUAUCUCCUGUUCUUCACUGUGUCACGGGACAGGAACAUUGCCGAAUAUACCACCACGUGUCUGUUACGACAGUAUACCUUAAAGCAAUACGACGACCCAUGGCAGGCGAUGAACUUCUUGGUUGAUGUAGCAUUUGAGAGUCAAGAUGAGGAUACCAUUGCCUUCCUAAGGAAUUCGGUAUCAUCUAAGUUGAUUAUCAAUGCUGAGAAUGCACACACUGUGGCUGGUUAUGCAUACACUGGGAUAUAUUCAAAAGCAAUCAAAAUAGAUUUUGGUACUUUUGGAUCUCGCUACGGACCGGGUAUAUCAAAUGAGGUUGCACUGAUGGUAUGCUCAGCACCAUCUUUAACGAAAGUUAAACUUUGGGGGAUAUUUCACCCUACCUUCUAUGACACUCUUGCCCAAGAAGGAAGGAAAACCAAAGUCCAUACUUUCGAGAUAAGGAAUUUUCAGCCUCUAUCAUCAGCCUCUUCACAUCAGCUAGCAGAAGCUAUUUGCUCCUUACCUGACCUGGAAAACCUGACACUAAAAGGAGAUGGUUACCAAGAGGAGUUUUAUUCUCAUCUGAAUGCAAAGGCUUCAACCCUAAAGGUCCAUACUCUUCAGAUUAUGAUGGAUAAGGGUCUAUCAUCAGCCUCUGAAUGUCACCUUGUAGAAGCAUUACGCUCUCUACCAAAUCUGAUUAACCUGGAACUCACAGCGGUUGGUGACCAGAAGGAGUUCUGUCGUCAUCUGGUUGAGCAGGCUCCAUUCUUUAGGAUCAACGAAGGAAAAUUCAAAUUGAAUGGAAAGCUUCACAGGGAUCUUGAUUCAUUCGUAGAAUCACUCACUUUGCUGAUGGAAAAAUGAUAAUCUAAUCAAGCUCUUUACUCAGGCUGAUACAACCCAGAUAAUUCCUAGACUGGUCAUGAAAUUGCUUAUUACAAUGGGCCUCUAUAUAUAUAUAUAAAUAACAAGUCAUCAACAUCAAGUAUCUCUCCCAGUCUGCUUAAUUGUCAGAUAUAGGCAUUGCUUUCACAGAAUACCUGUUGUUUUUUUCUUCCUAGAAAGUUUGUGACAUGUCAAACAAGCAAAUUUUA